CAACUGCCCCGUCCGCAGAGUGGGUCUGAGCUCAGAAAGGGCAGACUGGUGAGAGGCUGCUGCGCCGCCGCUGCGGAAAGAAAAGGAGGUACAGUAAAGGCUGCCUCAGGUUUUAAUGCAGCUGAAGAUGCCCAGAAACUGAGGAAGGCCAUGAAAGGAUUUGGUACAGAUGAAGAUGCCAUCAUUAAUGUUCUUGCCUACCGUAGCGUGUCACAGCGCCAGGAAAUAAAAAUAGCUUAUAAGUCAACCAUCGGAAGGGAUUUGAUCGAUGACUUGAAGUCAGAACUGAGUGGGAACUUCGAGAAAGUGAUUGUGGGAAUGAUGAUGCCCACCGUGAUGUAUGACGUGACUGAGCUGAGAAGAGCCAUGAAGGGUGCUGGCACAGAUGAAGGCUGCUUAAUUGAAAUUUUGGCUUCCCGGACCCCAGCGGAGAUCCGACAGAUCAAUAUGACUUACCAACAACAAUAUGGCAGAACUCUUGAAGAUGACAUUUGUUCAGAUACUUCUUUCAUGUUCCAGAGAGUACUUGUUUCUCUUUCAGCAGCAGGAAGAGAUGAAGGAAAUUACCUAGAUGAUGACCUUGUGAAGCAGGAUGCUCAGGCCCUGUAUGCAGCUGGUGAGCAGAGAUGGGGGACCGAUGAGGUGAAAUUCCUUUCCAUUCUAUGUUCUCGGAACCGAAAUCACCUACUUCAUGUGUUUGAUGAAUACAAGAGGAUUUCCCAAAAGGAUAUUGAGCACAGCAUUAAAUCUGAGGCAUCGGGCCACUUUGAAGAUGCUUUACUAGCAAUAGUAAAAUGCAUGAGGAAUAAAUCUGCAUAUUUUGCUGAAAGGCUCUACAAAUCAAUGAAGGGCUUAGGUACUGAUGAUGACACUCUCAUCAGAGUGAUGGUUUCUCGUUCAGAGAUCGACAUGUUGGACAUAAGGGCGCAUUUCCAGAGACUCUACGGGAAGUCUCUCUAUUCUUUCAUCAAGGAUGACACAUCAGGAGAUUACAGGAAAGUUCUGCUCAUACUCUGUGGAGGCGAUGAUUAAUAUUCAGUUUACACUGGAUUGAAAGGAGUCAAGAGUCUAAGAUUUGGGCUGGUUUUACUAUUAUUUGGCUUCAUUUUUCUAUAAGGCUGUUUAGAAUUCACUUAAAAUGCUUACUGUCAAUUAAAAACACUGUAGUUACCUUUUAAUAUGAAUUAUCAGCUAUUGCUCAGUGUUUCUGAUGCAUUUAGAGCUAGAUUUUCUUAUUUUUAAGUUCAUUAACAGAAAAAACUUUCAAAAGAUUUUUUUCCUUAAUGCUAUUUCUAGAGAAAUGAGAACAUUCAAUAUUACUUUUAUUAAAAAAUGUUUCAUUGAUGACUUUGUUUUUACAUCACCAUUCAAUAUUGUUUGAAAUUUUCCUAUGGGUGGUGGUUGUCCAUGCAAGAGAAGAUUGGGGGCUUAAUAGACAGUUCUUCUGCAAUUUCAUAUCACCUCCCACUCACAACUCUCAGUCCCAUCCCCAAACCCUACUGCUUUGCCCGGCUAACAGCUUUUAUUUGACAGAUUUUAGGAUCGUGCUAUAAUCUUGGCAAGAAAACCCACCAUUUUAUCUUGUCACACAACUAUAGAAAGAAAGCAUCCACACUUCUGCUCCUGUUUUUAUGGUGGGGUUGGAUCUAGCCAUAACAGAUCUGAGGGCCAGGAAUGGUGGCUCCCACCUGUAGUCCCUCAUACUCGGGGAGGCUGAGGCUGGUGGAUCCCUUGAGCUAGGGAGCUUUGAGCUACAGUAGAGCUAAAGUUGAUUAGGGGUCUGCACUAAGUCUGGCAACUGUAUGGAAGGUAGGGAAAAGAGGGUCAAACCAGCCCAGGUCAGAAACAUCAGGUCAAAGCUUCCCUGCCAAUUAGCAGUGGGGCUGGACCCAUAAGUGGCUAUUGCACUCCCAACCCGGGCAAGAUAGAAAAAGAUAGAUUUUAAAAAAGAGAGAGAGAUCUAUUGUGUUUGGUUUCAAAAGCUCAAUUUCAAAUGUAUUUAGUUUGGGAAACUUUCAAUCCACCAACAACAGCAUCACAAAUAAAAAUCAUUCACCUCUAGACUUGUCCACGAUUUAAAAAAAAAAAGCUGUUUGUCUCUGAAUAACCCAAAUUCUGAGUGUGCUUCUAUCACUUCAUUCUGGAAUUAGAAACAAAUGACUAAUGUUCUGCAGGAUGAUGGUUAUUGUUUUAUGCUUUGCCUAACCCAACAAGGAAUGAAGACAUUUUGCAAAUGUCAGCCUCAGAGCCAUAACUCGUGAUUUCUUUUUCCUGAAAUGUAAAGAUUUGGGACCAUCUAAACACAAAUGGAAUCUGUACCUUUUUCCCUCAAAGGUUGGGGAGGAAAGUGGGCCUGGGAGACAGCCACCACAGUAAGGGAACCAUGAGAUAGUAGUACUAUAGCAGACCAUGAGGUGCAACACAGGGACCAUAGUCUCUACUGGGGAAGAGGCAUGCUCUCCUAGAUAUCCUGGGGCCAAACCCCAUUUUCCUCACACUGUUAUAACUCCCGUCAAACAAGAUGUGCAGAGAUGGUCCUAUACCUGACUAAUGAGCUAAAUUCUGUUGACAGAGCUGCCUUAUUCUCUCUUUUCAUGAUCUACAAUAAUUCUCUUUUACAUAGUGCCUUUGGACUCUAGAACCAGUGCAGAUGUCUAGCUUAGUAAUACAUUUAUGCUUUGAUAUUUUAAUAUAGAAAUUAUUUUCAUUUAAAUGUAGUUUAUGGCUUUUCUAUGUAAAUUUAAUAAAACAUGGUACCUUUA